AUGCUUGCCUAUCUCCCCCUUCACCCACUCCCUUCCGCCCUCGCCCCACCUAACCCGCUCGUCCGCAAGCUCGCCAUCAUGAACGAGGGACGCCCACUCAGGUCCUCAGUCGACGGCAGCGAGGAGCGCAUGGCAAAGAGACGCAGAGGGGAACCCACCCCAGGCCUCGUGAACAAGAAGCGCGUCCGGUACCAAGGCCCUGCAGCUCAGCUCCGCGAGUGGUUCCUCCGCUACACCCGCGACUGGAUCCUCAACGACAGCCAAGAUGGCGUGUUCGAGUUCACCUUCACCUGCCCCGUCGCGUUCUUUGGCGUCGCUCCCGCGGUUCCUCAAGCGUUCGUCCUGCGCAGCGUUCGCCCGCCGGUCCGUCCCCACCGCAAGUCCUUCCCGCACUAUGGUCCUUCGCUCGCGUACGUCAAGGCGAAGGACGUGGUCGCGGACAUCAAAGCGUGCAAGAAGCGUCGACUUCAUCGCGACCGGCAGCGCAAGGCUCGCACGCUCGGGGCUCAGAAGCCGGACCGCGCGCAGGCCAUCCUAUGCGAUGCGACCGAGGAGGAGACCGUGGACCGCAUGGCGGUUGUCGACGAGGACGUGACGAUGUCGACCGCGACCGACCUGCAGCUCGAGGACGCACGGGACAUGCUGUCAUCCCUCACGCUCAACGAGGCAGACGAUGUCCCCAUGGCGUACGAGGAGAACCCGGCAGCAGGCGUCGAGCCUCCCAAGUCAGCGGCCGCGUCCGUGCCUGUCCAUAAGGCUUGCCCUCAUGUCCAAGCCGUGCCUCAGCCCAUGGCCUUCACGCUCCCUCCCCCUGCCGCCAUCAACGCUGCGAAGCCCGUCAUCGUUCCCGACGAGCCCAAAACCGCCGCGGCCGCCGAGGAGCCCAAGGCCAACGUCGUUGUGGAGGGACCCAAGGCCACCACCCCCGUUGUCCAGAAGCCCAAGGUCGUCGUCGUCGUCGUCAUUGUCGACAAGCCCAAUUCCGAUACUGUUGAGGAGACCAAGGCCAACACUGUCCUCGAAGAGCCACAGGUCGUCGCCGCUACCCAGGAGCCAGAGGCCGCUGCCGCCAAUGAACCCCAUGUGGCGGCCGCCGCUGGAGAACCCCAGCCCGCCGCCGCCGAGGAGACACCGACUGUCGCUGCUACCGGAGACCCUGUCGCCAACGAGCCCUCCGCCUCCACCGCGUACUCGUUCAAGCCCGCAGCCGCCAUCCCUCGGUCCACAUCCGUCCUCAGCGACCUCACCGUGGCUGACGUCGACACCACCGUCGACAACAGCAGUGGCAGCAGCAACAGCAGCCUCACCAGUGCCGACCUCUACGCCUGUGGAGGCUGGAGCGGCGACAACUGGGACGUCCUGGCCACUUCGACUCCCCCGCGCGGUGCUUGCACUCCUCUCCAUCAGCUCAUGGCCUCGCUCACGCUCUGCGACGCGCCGGAGAGCGACGUGGCAUCCCUCGCCGGUGCUGAGGCCGACGUCUUCGGACCCAAGCUGUCUGCCAAGGCCACCAGCGGCGUCGCCUCUUCAUGUUCGUGGGAGGCCUCCAUGAGCUUCACUCAGGUGAUCUCGUCUCUCGCGUCCUCUUCUGCGACGUCUUCGCACCGUCCAGCGAUCGGGUCCUCGGCCGGCGCAUCCUCGUCCUCUUCGCCGCCUCAGGUCCAGGAGGCGGAAGAGGAAGGGACGAAGGCGGAGGUCGACGACGACAUCUGGUACGAGACCGUGGAGGUCAUGGUCGGGAUCGUCGAGGAGGUCGAGGACGAGGACGAGGUCUGGCACGACGCUUCCGAGGUCUUUGAUGACGUUGUCGUCGAGGUCCUCUAG